AUGCCUGCUCAGUCUCAGACAACUGCGAAACUACUUCCUACGGAUCUCCCUAUCCGUGCCUUCUCUUCUGCCGCCGACCUCGAAGCGUUUCUCGAGCGGGAGCACACUACUGCUGCUGGUAUUCAUCUUAAACUUGCGAAAAAGUCCUCUGGGAUCCCCUCCAUAUCCGGCGCCGAGGCGGUUGAGAUAGCGUUAUGUUUCGGUUGGAUAGAUGGGCGCGCGAAUCCCUUCGAUGACAGCUGGUGGUUGCUACGUUUCACACCUCGCCGUGCUAAGAGCAUGUGGUCGCAGAAAAACGUCAAUACAGUCGCAAGGCUGACGACGGAAGGUCGAAUGCGACCUGCUGGCAUUGCAGCUGUCGAGGCUGCUAAACUCGAUGGCCGCUGGGACCGAGCUUACGCAGGCCCAGCCACUAUGACAACACCUGAUGAUCUGGCAAGCGCUUUGAGUGCUGACCCAGCUGCCACUGCGUUCUUCGAAAGCAUGACGAGAACUGAUCGCUACUCAAUCCUUAUGCGCUUGCAGACGGCUUCCGCAAAAACUAGAGAUCAAAGGGUUCGAAGCAUUGUGGAAAAGCUAUCGGCAGAUCAAGCUAAGUCAACAGGCCUAAAGUCCAAAACAUCGAACGGAGUGAAGAAAGCAAAGCCCAAACCAAAAUCGAAGGCGCGGACGCAAGCUUCGAGGAUUAUCCCUGUUGUGGCUGACAGCAGUGGGGACCCUCCUCAGAUCAACCCGCCUCGCCGUGCUGGACUUCGCAGUCGGAGCUGA